AUGAUCACAUUGUCGACCAAAUCAGUGGUCAACACAAUAUUCUCAUCGGUCAUCGAAACUGUCACUCCUUUCAUGAAGACAUUAAUCAGAUAUGAAGUGAAUAGUUGUAAAAUGCCAUCCCUUCUCAACACAAUCACUCCAUUCAGAUACCAAUCCUUGGAAAUGGCAUUCAUUGAGGCUUUGGCUACUUGUCUGGCGAAUGUCCAGUUCAUAGGCAGUGCCCGUGAGGACUGUUUCCGACUCAAGAGGAGUCCCAAGGCUCUCGUCAAGAUUCCCGCCUGGAAUAUACAGCACCUGUCGGUCAGCAACUGUCCCAAACUCAACACCGAACACCUCGAGAUGGCUUUCACUAAGUGGAGUAAAUCGCUGAUAGAUGUGGACAUAUCGUGGAAUACCAGUGAAGUGAGUGUCACGUGUUGUAUGAAAUCCCUGUGCGAAGUGGGAGAAGAGGAGUCACAGCUACGGACACUACAACUCAGGGGUUCAGCCGUUUCCUACGAAUCGAUUAAGUGUUUGUUGAGAAGUUGUCCCAAAUUAGAGUCAAUUGAUUUGCAGUCGUGUAGAGGUCUGCCCAGAGGUAUAAAGAGGUCGUAUUCGGGGCAAGACUUCUGUACAUUGAAGUCAGAGGUUUUCGAAGGAAAGUACGAUUGAAUGCAAAGUACAGUUCAAAUGAAUAAUAUAUUUCAGAGGAUAUAUUAAUUGUAUAUUUUUUGAUAACUCACUGCUUUGUAGUAGACGUUUAAAACUUGACAUUAUUAACUCAUUUCCAC